CAAAAGAAUUGUUUUUUCCAGAUAAGUCGUCCCUUCCAAUCCACCAUCGUCCGGCGAUGCGGCUGGCGGCGGCGGCGGGGGUCCUCCGCCCCACGGCCGCCCUCCUCUUCCACUCCCGGACACACCGCCUCCUCCCCUCCCCGCGCCGCUCCUCCCUCCCCUUCGCCCGCCGGCGCCGCGACUCCUCCUCCUCCUCCACCGCCACGGCCCUCGACGACCCCCCUCCUCCGUCGGCGUCCGGUCCGCCCUCCCCUGCUCCACCGGCGCCCACGGGAGAGGGCGGGGAGACCAAGGCCGCCCGGCGCAGGCGCGCGCGGGAGUCCCCGGCGGGCAUGCUCAGGCACCGGCUCGGCAUUUGCUCCCGCGACGCGGACCUCGCCACGGCGCUGGAGCUCUACGCGGCCGCGGUCGAUCCGGCCACCGCCGUCCCGCUCGCGCUCCACCACUACAACUGCCUGCUCUACCUCUGCUCCAACGCGGCGGCCGAGGAUGCCGACGCCGCGCGCCGCGGCUUCGAGAUCUUCGCCGCCAUGGAGGCGCAGGGCGUGGAGCCCAACGAGGCCACGCUCACCAGCCUCGCCCGCCUCGGCGCCGCCGUCCGGGACCCGGCCAUGGCCUUCUCCGUCGUCCGCCGCAUGGCCGCCGCCGGCAUCCCGCCGCGCCUCCGCUCCUACGGCCCGGCCCUCUUCGCCUACUGCGACGCCCGCGACGCCCACGGGGCCGCCGAGGUCGAGGCCCACAUGGACGCCGGAGGGGUCGUGCUGGAGGAGACCGAGCUCGCCGCGCUGCUCCGGGUCAAUGCCGACACCGGGAGGGCCGACCAGGUCUACAGGGUGCUGCACAGGACGCGCACGCUCGUCAGGCAGGUGUGCGAGGCCACCGCCCAGGUGGUCGAGGCCUGGUUCCGGUCGGAAGCCGCGGCGGAGGCCGGGGUGGAGAAGUGGGACGCCAGGAAGGUCAGGGAAGGCGUGGUGAAGGGCGGCGGCGGCUGGCAUGGCCAGGGCUGGCUCGGCAAGGGGCAAUGGGACGUCGGGCAGAGCGAGAUGGACAAGAACGGCAAAUGCCAGCGCUGCGGCGAGAAGCUCGUGUGCAUAGACAUUGAUCCUUCCGAGACAGAGACCUUUGCCAAGUCACUUGCCGAACUCGCGUGCAAGCGGGAGGUCAGGGACGAUUUCGUACGGUUUCAGGACUGGCUCCGUCGAAAUGGACCAUUCGACGCUGUUAUUGAUGCUGCUAAUGUCGGCCUUUACAACAGUAAAGCUUUCAGUUUUUCUCAGGUGAACUCUGUUGUAAAUGGCAUACAGAGAGUAACCAAGUCAAAGAAAUUGCCACUGAUCGUUUUGCAUAGGAGCCGGGUAAAUUGUGGCCCUGCAAAAGCACCACAGAAUCAGAAGCUCAUAGAGAGUUGGCGAAAUGCUGGAGCACUAUAUUCUACUCCUCCUGGUUCCAACGAUGAUUGGUAUUGGCUGUAUGCAGCAGUUAAUUGCCGUUCAUUGCUUGUUACGAACGAUGAGAUGCGGGACCACUUGUUUCAGCUUCUUGGCACUAGUUUCUUCCCCAGAUGGAAAGAAAAGCACCAGGUCAGGCUAACAUACUCGGGCCGCGGUCCUACUUUCCACUUGCCGCCUCCUUAUUCAAUUGUCAUUCAGGAAUCCGAAGCCGGGAGCUGGCACGUGCCGACGACGACUGGAGACGACAUCGAGAGCCCGCGGCAGUGGGUCUGCGCCAUCAGGAAAACUUCAGAGAGACCGCCUUCUCCACCGCCCCAAGCUCGCG